CAGCUGAUGAAGUGUUUCAUGAACCCCACAGCGCUCCAGGUCUUGCUGUAGACAUUGCCGAAGCAUCAUAAACAGAGGUCCGCCGGCCAUGGGCAACCUGAUCAAAGUACUGGGCAAAGAUUUAGAAAACUGUCCUCACUUUUUCCUGGAUUUUGAAAAUGCUCAGCCCACGGAAGCCGAAACUGCUGUCUGGAACCAGGUGAACGCCGUCCUGGAGGAGGCCCAGACCAUCCUGGCAGAACUGCAGUCCUACGCUGGAGCCGGCCAAGAGAUCAGAGAGGCGAUCCAGAACCCCAGUGACCUGCAGCUCCAAGAAAAGGCCUGGAACGCUGUGUGUCCUCUUGUGGCGAAGCUGAAGCGUUUUUAUGAGUUUUCCCUGAGACUUGAGAACGCCUUGCGGAGCUUGCUGGAGGCGCUCACCAGCCCCCCCUAUGCCCCCACCCAGCACUUGGAGAGAGAGCAGGCCCUGGCCAAGCAGUUUGCAGAAAUCUUGCACUUCACCCUCAGUUUCGAUGAGCUCAAGAUGACCAACCCUGCCAUUCAGAAUGAUUUUAGCUACUACAGAAGAACCAUCAGCCGAAAUCGAAUCAACAAUUUGCAACUGGAUGCAGAGAGUGAGGUCAACAAUGAGAUGGCCAACCGGAUGUCUCUGUUCUAUGCCGAGGCGACCCCGAUGCUGAAAACUCUGAGCAGCGCCACAACCAAGUUUGUUUCGGAGAACAAAACCCUCCCGAUAGAGGACACGACCGACUGCCUGAGCACCAUGGCCUGCGUCUGCCGGGUGAUGCUGGAGACCCCGGAAUAUCGCAGCCGGUUCACGAACACUGAGACCCUCCUUUUCUGCAUGCGGGUGAUGGUGGGGGUAAUCAUCCUCUAUGAUCACGUCCACCCGGUGGGGGCAUUUGCCAAGACCUCCAAAAUAGACAUGAAAGGGUGCAUCAAAGUCUUGAAGGAGCAGCCCUCCAACAGCACGGAAGGCCUUCUCAACGCUCUGAGGUACACCACCCGGCACCUCAAUGAUGAUACCACGUCUAAGCAGAUCCGGGCUUUGCUGCAAUGAAACUUCCUGGAACAGCAGUUCACCAGAGACCCACAUGAGAAAUUCUUCAUGGCACCUCCAGCAGAAAUUUUAACGUUGACAUGUUGCUAUAAAUAACCAU